GUUUGUACCAGUCCUAACUGAGAAACAGGUACAGAAGCUAGACGAUUUCACGCGCUAACCUAAAAAAACGAGUACCGCGAGUGUGAGAAGCAGGGAAAAUAAUAUAGUUCGUUAAAUAUUUGUGAAUCCUGAGUUGGAGAUAGAGACAUUUAAAGAAAAAAAAAAGAGAGAAAAACUACAAGUAUCGUCAAAUUUCCCUUUUGGUUUGAAUGAGACUGCUGUGUGUCAUUGGUGCUGUGUGUAUACAAGACUGUACGGAAGUGAUACAUAACAAAAACAUUCAGUAGUAUGAGUAAUAAGACCAUGAAUUUCUCAGAUCUGAAGUUGAAUUCCUGGCUUCUCACACAGUGCAACACUAUGGGCUUAAAGAAGCCAACUGCAAUUCAACAAAAUUGCAUUCCCCGAAUAUUAACAGGCGAAGAUUGCAUAGGUUGUGCUAAGACAGGUAGUGGAAAGACUUUGGCGUUUGCCUUGCCCAUUUUGCAGAAGUUGUGUGAAGAUCCUUAUGGUAUAUUCGCUCUUGUGUUAACACCAACAAGAGAACUAGCUUUUCAGAUUGCUGAUCAAUUUGCUGCCAUUGGCAAGGCUAUCAACCUGAAAAAGUGUGUGGUGGUUGGUGGCAUGGAUAUGAUGGUGCAAGGAUUAGAGUUGUCGAGGCAGCCACAUAUAGUUGUAGCUACACCAGGUCGUCUGGUAGAUCAUUUAGACAGCUGUGAUACAUUCUCCCUGAAGAAGAUUAAAUUUCUGGUACUGGACGAGGCUGAUAGACUGUUGGGUGGUCACUUUGACCAACAGUUGAAAAAGAUUUUCAUCGCGUUGCCGGAGCAGAAGCAAGUGUUGCUGUUCAGUGCUACAAUGACAGAUGACCUUGAUAAAGUGAAGAGUGUAGCGUCCAGCAAGGUGUUUAUCUGGGAGGAAACAGAUGUUGCUGGCAUUGCCACUGUGAAGGAACUGGAUCAGCGGUAUGUGCUGUGCCCCAAGGAUGUAAUCGAUUCGUACCUGGUGGAAGUGAUCAGGACGUUUCGCACCACGAACAAAGAUGGCUCCAUCAUGAUAUUCACCGACACUUGCAAAAAUUGUCAAUUGUUAUCAAUGGCGCUGAACGAUGUUGGAUUUACGAACGUGGCUCUUCACGCGAUGAUCAAGCAGAAGGAACGUCUGGCCGCGUUAAAUAAGUUCAAGUCGAAUCACGUGCAAAUCUUAAUUGCCACUGACGUCGCAGCGAGAGGUCUGGACAUUCACGAGAUAGAAUUGGUCGUCAAUCACGUAAUACCGAACGUGCCGAAGGAGUACAUUCACAGAGUCGGUAGAACGGCUCGAGCGGGUAGAAAGGGCAUGGCGGUGAGCCUGAUAACGCCGCACGACAUAAAGCUGCUGCACGCGAUCGAAGACACGAUAGGCACCAAGUUAAAGUCGUACAAAGUGGACGACAAAGAAAUUGUCACGAUCCUGACGCAAAUAUCAGUGGCGAAACGGGAAGCGGAGAUCAAGCUGGACGAGACCGAUUUCUUUGAAAAGAAGAGGAUCAAUAAGGAGAAAAAGUUAAUCUUGGAGGAGGAACUGGAGUCAGACAAAGAUCAACUUUCGGACGAGGUGGACGCAGGUAAAGAGAUGAGAAAGAAGAAACGCAAGAAACAGAGAAAAGUGGAGAAAAGAGUGAAAAAAGGUAAUAUUUGGUCUUGAUAAAUGUACACUGCGUCCGUCUAGUGUGUCCAUGCUAGAAACUUA